UGAAUAUUAAAUAACAAUGCAGUCGACAUUCUUACGCCAACAGUUGACAAUUAGUGUUAAAAAAUGUUAGGGAGAUUUUUGUUAUAUAUUUGGCUUGCAAUUAUUUACAGUGAUAAUAGUUUAGUAUAUGCUUUACAAUGCAAAGGUCAAAAUAAUGAAGAUUUAGAUUGGUAUGUUAUAUAUAAAUUACCAAAACAAACUUCUAAAAGUAACGCCCAUAUAAAGGAGGGGCUUGGAUAUGUGUAUAUGACCUCAAAGAAUUAUACUGAAUGGACUUGGUCUGAGGUCAGCAUCAACGAUAGUAACUCAAUGGUAGGCCACAGUUUAAAAGGACUGUUUGAGAAAAAAAAUGAGAAAGCCUAUAUCCUUUACAACGAUGAAGCUCCCAAUGGGAAAACAUCGGGAAGUAAAGGUCAUACAAAAGGUGUCGUCUUGGCUGAUUCCAUUUCGGGAUUGUGGCUAAUCCAUUCUGUUCCACACUUUCCCUAUAGCAGCGAUCAUUAUGAAUAUCCCACUACUGGACAGCACUAUGGACAAAGCUUUUUAUGUAUCAGUCUUAAUUUGAAACAAAUAAACAACGUUGGUAAACAGCUGCAGUACAAUGAACCAUUUAUCUUCUCAGAAUAUGUGCCUACAUCUUUAUCAGAUACUUUGCCAGAUAUUGUCAGGGCCGCAAACAAUGAAACGAUAAAUGCUUCGCCGUAUUACAAUAUCGAAACUAUUAUAUCAUUAGCAGGAAUCAAAAUUACUUCUUUUGCAAAAUCCGCAAAAUUUGGAAAAGAUUUAUACUCUAAUUUAGUAAAUUCAGAGCUGACUAGUAAUUUGUAUGUAGAGACGUGGCCUAAUGAGGCUAACCGGCUGCCAUCGGAUUGUACCAACAAAUAUCAGGUAGAUAAUAUUAAAAUAAUACAAAUGUCAAAUCCGUCAGUCUCAUUUAAAGCCACUGUCGAUCAUUCGAAAUGGGCCGUAUCAACUCCAAGCGAUUUAAACCAGUGGGUUUGUAUUGGAGAUAUUAACAGAGCUCAAAAGCAAACAGAAAGAGGAGGAGGGACCACUUGCUUAAACAAUGAAAAACUUUCUGGUGUGUACCAGAAAAUUAUCUCUUCUGUUGAACCUUGUUCAAAUAAGUAUUAUUACGACAUAAAUGAUAUCUAUAACUUUCUUUAAAAUAUAGUUAAGUACAGUUGUUUAUUCUGCUUAAAACGUGUUUUUUUUUAAAUUUUAAUUAUAGUUAUAAUAUAUUCUUAAUUAAAUAUAAAUUAAUAUUGAAAAAAGUUA